GCUCUGGACAGCCAAUUCCUGUGCACACAGCGUGCGGGCCAGGCAGGGCCAAGGUCGCAUUAGGCAGAGGAGGAGGCUGGUCCCCGGGCCUGGGGGGCAUUUCCGGGGGUUGGAGGACAGAGCUGGACUCGUGGCCGGACUCUGACGGCUCUGGACAGCCAAUUCCUGGGCUUGACUGACCUGCUCCCAUUCUCCUUGGUCACCACCAUGCUGUCCCCGAGGACUGCUGUCCCCCUGACUCUGCUCCUGGUUGCUGUCUCCUUGGGCCAGAGGGCUCGGAAGCCCCCUGCCUCCCCUUCCCCUAUCAGCAAGAUCCAGCCCAAGGCCAACUUUGACACUGCGCAGUUUGCAGGGACGUGGCUGCUGGUGGCUGUGGCCUCCUCGUGCCGCUUCCUGCAGGAGCAGGGUCACCGGGCAGAGGCCACUGCAGUGCACAUGGCUCCCCAGGGCCCUGCCAUGGCUGUCAGCACCUUGCGGAAGCUGGACGGUGCCUGCUGGCGGGUGCAGCAGCUUUACCGACACACGCAGGUUCCCGGCCGCUUCCUGCUCCAAGCUCGAGGUGCCCGUGGGCCAGUGGACGUGGUGGUUGGGGACACGGAUUACCGCACCUUUGCUGUCCUAUACAUGGAGAGGGCACGGCGUCUGUUGGUGAAGCUGUACGCCCGCUCCCUCCCCGUGGACGAGGCGGCACUCACUGCCUUUGAGCAGCGGGUGCAGGACGCCGCCCUGCCUGAGGAGCACAUCGUCUUUUUCCCCACCUAUGGGUUCUGUGAGACUGUGGACCAGUUCCACGUCCUAGACAGCGAGUGACCACCUGGUGACCGGACAAAGCCAGGACCCUUGCUGAGUCGUCUGAUGUGGAAGAGAGGUGACUGCUGCGAGGAUGCGAGCCCAGAGGCCCCACCCCUCACGGAGGACCCCCCGUCGGCUGGAGCUGGGGCUCUGCCUCAUUAAAUACAUGGUUGU